AUGGACGAAGUCGAUGCUGCCAUACACAUCGAGCCGCUAUCUGACGCUAUCAAAGAACUGAAGGAGCAACUCAAUAUGUUCGUGAUGUCAUUCGAUGCUAAGAUGGAAGCUCUGGUGGACCUCGUUAGCCGUCAGAAUAAUACCAUCGACCAAAAAUUGGAUCUGAUCAUGGAAAAAGCCGCACUCAAGUUGCGUUUUCUGUUCUGUUGA